CAUUCAGGAGCAUUAGCAUCACAUGAUCAAUUGUUAGUGAACUUUAGCCCACGAUCCAGCUUUGAACAUUGUUAUCUCCUAGAGCCAAGGUGUUUAGACAAUCAAGGAAACCUUGGACACCUCAGAAUAUCUCCAACAAUGGGAAAAUAUCCGAUUAAGAUUGGAAUAAUCGGUGGAUCAGGCCUGGAAGACCUCGCCAAGCGGGUCCUAACGGAUCCCACCAUAAUAGAAAAAGACCAAGUUCAAAAUGAUUUUGGUGUUCCAAGUGACAAGAUUUACCUUGGAAAUAUUUCAGGAGUGCCAGUGGCCUUGCUAUCUAGACAUGGACCCGGUCACAGAGUGAGUCCGACGACCGUCAAUUACCGUGCGAAUCUAGAAGCUUUGAAAUCGCUGGGCUGCACGCAUAUCCUGGCGUCGACGGCCUGUGGAUCUCUGUCCGAGUCAAUCGGUCGUGGGCAGUUGGUCAUCCCCGACAGCUUUAUAGAUCGCACCAAUAGUCGAAAGGGAACGUUCUUCGAUGGAACUUCGUCCAAGUACCCGGGGGUCUGUCACGUCCCGAUGGAGCCAGCCUUCCACCCAGCCACCGCCGAGGCUCUAGCGCAGGCCGGAAAAGCCCUAGGGCAGUCAGUGAAGACAGGAGGAACGAUUGUCUCCAUCGAGGGGCCAAGAUUCUCCUCCAAGGCGGAGAGCAAAGCCUGGCGGUUGUGGGGUGGUGACCUCAUCAAUAUGACUACCUGCCCUGAGGUGUGUCUAGCUAAAGAAGCUGGCCUUCUGUACGCAGCAGUUGCUAUGGCGACGGACUAUGAUUGUUGGCGAGAGUCCGAGAAAAACGUUUGUGCAGCUGACGUAAUGGAAGUUUUCCAACAAAAUGUCUCCAAAGUGACGGAACUGAUCGUUCGUGCUAUUGAAAUUAUCAGGGACAUGGAGUGGGAUGAACAUAUCGAUGAUUUAAAGAACUUGAUCGAGAGUGGGAAUGUCUCAGCAAAAGACUGAAAUCACAUCAACGAACGUUGAUGUGAUUUCACAACAUAAAAUUGCUACAAUCAUUUAUUCCAUCUUAUCAUCAUUCCCAGAAAUAAAAGAGAUUUGCAAUAUAA